AUGGCUACGCUGCCAAGCUUAGCAAAGGAGCCGGAGUCGCCAGCGCUCGAGUCUCCUGCAGAUUCCCCCGCAUUGUCUAAAGCGCCAAAGGCCCCAUUCGUGUACAUGCGUGCCGAUUCCGAGAAGACCUCGCUUAGCGACAGCAAGGACAUCGCAAGUAGCACACCCCGCUCUGGAUCCGAAAUCGACUUGGAGAAAGCUGCCGGAACUCCCCCAUCGCGCACCAGGAGAUUCUUCCGGGCCAUACGCCAAUACAUCGACGGCCACUACAUCCUGACCACAACACCCAACGACAAGCAGAAGUACUGUUACAUCAACACCAAGAGGCCCAUCUUCCUCUUGAUUGGUCUCUUCGCCUUCUUGAGCUCCAGUGCCGGUCUUUGGCUUUUCGCUCUGAGCGCUCACUACUUUUUGUGGUAUGCUCCCAUCGUCCUUCUGCUCCAGCUCCACAUUUUCCUCUCAUACGCCUUGGGAGCUUGUGCCAGAGACUACGACGUCGCGAAGCACAACGAGGUCCUAAAGGAGUUCCCCGUCGCCGCCAAUCCUGCUACCGUGGACAUCUAUCUACCCGUGUGCAAAGAGCCCAUGGUCAUUCUCCGCAACACCUGGAAUCACAUUAGCAAGCUGGAGUGGAACCACGGCAAGCUUGCUGUGCACGUUCUUGACGAUGGCGCACUCGAUGAGGUUCGCGCUAUGGCAGAGGAAUUUGGCUUCAACUACAUUCGACGUGACGACAGACCCUACUUCAAGAAGGCUGGCAACCUGCGAUACGCUUUCGCAAGGACUUCCGGUGACUUUUUCGCUGUCUUCGAUGCCGACUUCUGCCCACGACCGGACUUCCUUCUGGAGCUCAUGCCACGUAUGCAGCAGGACCCCAAGAUCGCUAUUCUACAGACCCCUCAGUACUUCAAGACUUGCCCACAGAACACCUGGGUGGAGCGAGGAAGCAGCGAAGUACAGGAGCUCUUCUACCGCUGGUCUCAAGUCAACCGUGAUAGGUGGAACGCCGCAAUCUGUGUCGGCUCUAACGCGUUGUAUCGCCGAGAAGCCCUCAAGGAUGUGGGAGGCACCGCUCUCGUCGCUGCUUCGGAAGACGUUCACACCGGCUGGACCUUGCGCUACAUCCCUCUCUGCCUCGCCGCCGGUGUUAGUCCCGACACGCCACGAGCUGCCUUCUCCCAGCAGAUCCGUUGGUCUCAGGGUUCCACUUCGCUCCUCAUGAACAAGGACUUCCACACAUCGGGUCUCGGCUUCAUGACUAAGGUCUGCUUCCUCAGCGGCAUGCUGUUCUACUGGACUACGUCGAUCUCUAUGUUCACAACCCCUCUCCCUGGACUGCUCAUGGUCUGGCUCAGACCCGAAGCGAUGAGGUACUACAACCUGGCGUUCGCACUGCCCUCCAUCAUCUAUGCCCUGUUGGUCUACCGAAUCUGGUCUGCUGGCGCCUACUCACUUGCGACCGAGCACAUUCGGGUGCUACAAGGAUACUCGUACCUCUUCGGUAUCGGCAACCGAAUCAUGGGCAAAUCUCAUGAAUGGGUAUCCUCCGGAGCCACAGGAAAGGCACACAAGGGCACCAACACGUACACCAAGGCAAGGAUCUUCGCCAUCAUCUGGACGACCUUGUACCAGGGAGCGUGGCUCUCAGGUCUGGCCACCCAGAUCAUUCGAGGAGGGCUCAUCUGGUGGCACGUCGCACCUCAGAUUGUCCUCUAUGCUUUCGACCUCUACGUAACACUGCCCUUCCUUCUUACGCCUUCGCACUAG